AGAAGCUCAGGGCGCCCCCUAAUGAACGGAGGCCGCCAGGUGUCCUGCUGCAAGUUUCAGGAGUGAGAGAAAGAAAGAGCGUUUGAAAAGCUGACAGUUGAUGGCACUGUCAGUGUAUGUGUGUGUCCUGCUGCUGCAGUGUGUGUAUGUUUCAGUGUGUGAGAGUGAUUAUUAUUCAGUGUUGGGAGUUCCUUGCUGUGCUACAGAGAAAGAGAUCAAGAAAGCAUUUCGUCAGCUGGCCCUCAGAUUCCAUCCUGACAAGAAUCACAGCCCAGAUGCACAACAGAUUUUCACACAGAUUACACACGCAUACGAGGUGCUGUCUGAUCAGGAAAGACGGCGACUCUAUGACCAGACGUACCUGUCUGCCCAGUGCAGCAAGAAGAAGGGAAAAUCAGAUCCGGGCUGCAUGCACCAUGACAGCAGACAUGGUUCCUAUGGUAACAGUGACUUCCUGUCCUCCAGUUUAGAUGACCUGCUUGCGAUGCUGCAGAUGGAUGAAGAUUUAUUCAUGGGGGAAGAAGCUGAUGUAGGUCAGGUGUGGAGUUUUGGUCUUUGGGAUGAAGGUCAGGAUGAGGAGAAUGAUCAGUUCAGCUUUAUGUUUGGUGUACUUUGAUUAUAAUGUUCACACAGUGAUUGUUUUGUAUUGUAGGAACCACAACAUAUUUAUUAAGUAUAUGCUUUUAUAUUUAUUAAAAAUAUUGGCUUUAUAAUGGUU